AUGGUCAAGGAACGGGCUGAUUGGGAGAAGUAUCGUGACCGCCUGGUGAAAGAAGUGAAGGAUUAUGAGAAUGCUAAGGCUGCCUUUGUUGAGGAAAAGGCGAAGUUUGAAUCUGAUAGGAAAUCAGAAGAGUGGGGUCGUGAAGGCCUUCGCGGUAAACUUCGUGCAGUUGAGGAGCUAUUGUCCAAGGAACGUGCUGAGUUCAAGAAAAUAUGUGAAAAGGACAACCAGCGCGCGUAUGCGGCUCGCAACAAGAUUACCGAGCUUGAGGGUAAGGUUGUGGAACUGACUGGGAAGGUUGAAGAUGCGCAAGCGGCGAAGGAGAAUGCUGAGCUGGCUGAGGUGAAGGCGCAGCUGUCAGGAAAAGACAAGGAUCUAAUCACCAAGGAUGUCGAGAUUGCCGAGUUAAAACGUCGCCUACGAGAGCAGGUUGACAAAAGUGAGUCCUUGGAGAUCGAUCUUGAAGCUGAAAAAUCGAAAGCUGCUUCUGCUGAGGAAGCCAGGCAAAAGGCGAGGAGGCGCGUGCCAUAA